AUGAGAGGACGAGGACGUGGAUCUUCAUCACGGGAUCGAGGAGACCAUGGCAGGGGUAGUGUCCACACAAGUGAAUCAGAAAAUAUCAAUCAAGAUUUAGUACAACACACUGUUUUGAUUCCUAGACUAGACCAGGGUGAGAGAUCCACACAGGGUGCUGCAUCAUCCACUCCUGCUUCAGUGCACAUAUCUGCUACUGCCUCAGCUCCCAUAGGUUUGCCACCUAUUGCAUCUACGGCUACAUCUACAUCUGCUUCUGGUAGUUAUGGACCUACAGAGCACAAACCACAUAUUUCCUUACAUAAGCCUUCUGAUCCGAUUGCUAGGCGGAUUACCUUGAUCUUCAAGGAAAAGUUAGUAGCAAAUGGCUUUUGUUGGAAAAAUGUACCAGAAGAGGUUAAAGAAUUCUAUUGGCAAGAAUUUAAGCUUAUGAAGAUAGCUUGGAAAAAGAAAGCUGUUGAGCACUAUCGUAGCCUUAUGUGUAGCAUAAGGAAUGGGAAGGAGAAAAGGCUAUCACUGACAGAAGGAGUAAUGGAUGCAUGGCAAUCCGCCUGGGGAGCAACUGAGUAUCAAAACAAAUGCAAAAAAUUCUCAAACAACAGAAAGAGUGAAACAGAUGGGCAAGGCGCUGUCCCAUCAAGACAUUGUGGAGGAUUCAUAUCUCAAUAUAUGCAUCAACAACAGAUGCGUGAAAGGCUAAGCAGAGAUCCUUUACCUCAUGAGUUAUUUAAGGCUACUCAUAAGAAGAAGGGUACCUCAGAGUUUGUUGAUGCACGCUCAAAAGCCAUUCAUGACCUCUUUCUUACUUUGAAAGAGCAAGCAUCACAGACAGAUAAUGACAGUACUGAGGCAUCUCGCAUUGAUGAGGCUCAGUUAUAUUUUGAGGCGGAGCUUGAGGAUAAUGAACAAGUAUUGCGUGAGCAAAACGUGCGGAUUUCCUCUGAGCUCUCACAGGUGAAAGAUUUACUUAUUCAGCUCGUGAGUCAAAGGCAAAGCAGCCAGCCAUCAGCUCCUGAUGAGGGAACUUCUGCAUAG